GCUGUUUUGGCUGCCAGAACCAGUCUACCUCUGAAAAUAACAUACAUAGUCCUUCGACCAUGAGGAAUAACGUUACGGUAGGCUCCUUAAGAGUACAUCUUGGGAUACCAUUCUGUCUAGCCUGCCCUGCACAGGUGUUCGUUUGCGUAUUUCGAAAGUAAACUGAUAAUCUACUACUAAUGCUUUGAACACUUGCUCUAACGUUUCAGAUGCACAGAGUCUAGAGUGACACAUUCAGUAGGCUAUACUGUCUUCAGUAUUGUGAACGUUUCUCAACAAAUAAGUCGAAGUUGGAGAGGCUUGCUGACUUUUGUAUGUUAACUCUGUCAUUCUCCAUGGUGUUUACUGUGUACGCUAUUAAACUAUGUGUGUUGUGUACAAUCACCAACGUGUCUGUGUGUCAGAUAAGGAGAAGGGUCCGGGGUGGCUGAUGAAGAAGGGGUUUACUCUGAUCCUAGUGGGCCACAUCAACUUCAUCCUGGGAGCCAUCGUCCACGGCAGCAUCUUGCGUCACAUCUCCAAACCCAACGACCAGAUCACCACCGAGUUCACAGCAGCCAACAUCAUCUCUGUCACUUCUGGACUGCUGAGCAUUGCAACAGGAAUCAUUGCCAUAUUGGUGUCAAGAAAUCUGCCCGUUUGGAAACUGCACAUAGGUCUUCUGAUUAGUUCCUUCCUGAAUGCCCUACUCUCUGCGGCCUGCGGCGUCGGGCUCCUAUUGGCUAUUAGCCUCACAAUUACCAAUGAGGGGCGGGGCCUCAUGAUGGGCUGCAACUUCACUGACCAGCCAAUCAAUGCCCGCUCGCCAGUCAAUGCAGACUGCCCCUUCGACACCACACGGAUAUAUGACACUACCCUGUCUCUGUGGUUCCCAUGUGUUCUGCUGGCAGGACUGGAAACAGGACUGUCCAUCUGGUGCUUCGUAGUGGGACUGGUACUGAGGGGUCUAGGACCCUGCGCACACGCAUACCUCAAAGAACAGCUGGAGGAAGAGGCUCUGACCAAUAGGGCAGCAGCAGAUCCAGAGUACUCACCCCAAGGCCAAAGCCUAAGCCUGAUUGGAUAGAGGACUGUCACAGUCAGGGAGUGAUGACUGAACCUCUUCCUCUUCAGAGAACCUCCCUGAUGCCUAUACCUCCACUCAUACCAAAGACUCUCCUCUCCCUCUCAGUGAG